AUGAAUGUCCCCUCAGUCAGCAUAGACGGCUACAAGGAGAUUCUCAAGUCUCGACUUGAUGCGGCGUUGGCAUUCGAGACUUCCUUUCGCGACUUUCUUCUCACGGCUGGAACCCGCUCUGUGCAGAGUAGUGUGGCGCUCAAUACGCUAGCGAAGAGUCAAGAUGCGAUGAAGACGUACGCGGUACUACACGACAUCAAGAAGAGAGAAUACGACGAUGCAGUGGAGUCCAAUGAGAAGGCAGAGCAGAUCUUCAAUACUGCCCAGGCCGAGUUGGGCCAGCUCGGUAAUAAGUUCCAACAAGGAAUCGAAAAGUAUAAGGUCGACCAGAUCAAAGAAGCCACUAGAAAGUCGCCUGGGAGGUUGUAA